GACACGCCCUACUUGUCUCAAGAGGUUCCAAUAAAGUUACUUUGACCACAAUUCGUGCCUUUUUUUUUUAAAUAAGAAAUUCACGUCACAAUAGUAUUUUUAUAAAAAUGUCUUAUGAGAGUCCAUAUGAAACAGAUCCAAGUCUAACUAUACCAGUAGAUCCUGACAACCCAAAUGCAGGAACGUUAGCGGGUCAUCAUAUUAUGUCUCCCAGCAACACUUUCCAAGAUGCGAGGCAGAUGGAGAUUGAGCCGAUAUCUAAGGAUGAUCCUCGCAUUUCAGCCGCCGAUAAUGAUAAGGUCAGUGGUAAAUCUAUUUUAGUUACGGGUUCCAAGAAAGUUGAAGAAGGUAAGAACGAAAACGCUACCCGAGAAAUUACCGUAACGUAUAACAUCACGGAUGAAUAUGAUUCGGAUAAGGUUGAGGCGUGGCUCGACUCGGACAAUGUCUUGUAUUUAUAUGUUCCAGCUGUCGAUAAAUAG